CUGAACUACACUCUGUUUUCAACUUGAGGAGGACGUGGACAAACUCUCUUCCUUCCUUUCCUGCUGAAACUGCACAAGUUUCGAUCCAGAAAUGGCAGCUUUAGACGAGUUUUUUCCAGGCAUUCCCAAGAUCGCAUAUGCACCCUCUGCAGGACCUGGAGGUGUCAUGUGUUUUAAACACUACAACGCAGAGGAGGUGCUGAUGGGAAGGAAGAUGGAGGACUGGCUGAGGUUUUCAGUCUGUUACUGGCACUCGUUCUGUGGAACUGGUGCUGAUCCGUUUGGUUUCCCAACCCUCCACCGUCCUUGGAACCAAGGGACUCCUAUGGAAUCGGCCAAGAAGCGACUGCGUGCAGCUUUUGAGUUUUUCACAAAGCUUGGUGUGAAAUAUUACACUUUUCAUGACAGAGACAUGGCUCCUGAAGGCUCCACGCUGGAGGAAUCCAACAGGAACCUGGAUGAAAUAACAGACCUGGCCCUGGAGCUGCAGAACCAAACCGGGGUGAAGGUUCUCUGGGUCACCUGCAACCUGUUUGCACAUGCAAGGUACAUGAACGGUGCAGCCACUAACCCUGACUGUCACGUCCUGGCUUAUGCUGGAGCUCAGGUGAAGAAAGGUCUGGAAAUCGCCAAGAAGCUCAGUGCAGAAAACUUUGUGUUCUGGGGCGGAAGGGAAGGUUUCCUCUCCAUUCAUAAUACGGAUGUUGCUGCAGAGCUGAAGCACAUGGCCAACUUCUUCAAAAUGGCUGUCAAGUACAAAGAGAAGAUCGGGUUAAAGUGCCAGUUUCUUAUCGAACCCAAGCCUAAAGAACCCUGCAAACACCAGUACGACUAUGAUGCAAUGAGUGUUAUUGGAUUCCUUAAACACUACGGUCUGGACAGUCACUUUAAACUGAACAUCGAGCCAAACCACACCACGUUGGCCGGACACUCCUACGAACACGACGUCGUCAUGGCCUCGGCAUUCGGAAUGUUGGGUUCGGUCGACUCAAACACUGGCUCUCCAGACCUGGGAUGGGACACAGACCAGUUCCCCAUGGACAUCAGGAACACAACUUUUGUCAUGAAGACCAUCCUUGAGCAGGGGGGUCUACAGCCUGGAGGUCUGAACUUUGAUGCGAAGGUCCGCAGAGAGUCCACGGACCUGGAAGACCUGUUCAUCGCUCACAUCGGAGCCAUGGACGCCUUCGCCAGAGGGCUCAGAAACGCUGUUCGCAUCAUUGAAGACGGCCUUCUGGCAUCCAUGUUGAAGGAGCGGUACUCCAGCUUCGGUCAUGGACUCGGACAGAAAGUGGACGAUGGUUCUGCCACUUUGGAAGAGUUGGAGGAAUUCAUCAAACAGAACAAUGAACCGAAAGUCGCAUCAGGGAAGCAAGAAAAAUAUGAGUCCAUCUUCAAUUAUUACAUAUAAGAAAACAUAAUCCAUCUGCAUCUACUUAUUCCACCAUGAACAAGAGCUGCACUUUUAUGAAUCCCAUUUGGAUGAAUAUUUGCUCUGUUACGCACUAGUUUCACUACUUUAAAAGUACAUAUAUACAGUAAAUGAAAUGGGGAUAAAGUGAUCAAAUAUUCCACAUUAAUUCACAAAACACUAAUUUAAUGAAACACUGAAUAUGUUCAGUAAUGUUUUAUUUCCUCUGAGAAGUCAUAAUGUUUACUGAGAGUCGUACAGUUUUAUGUCUCUUGUAGAUUAUACACAAGCUCUCAAUAAAUAUGCACGUACUU